UUUUGCUAUAAAAUCAAUGCUUACUCCCUCCGAAAUCAGUUUCCUUGGUGUUCCGGUGAAAUCAAGACUAAGAUGAAACUGUUGUUGGUGUUCUUGGCGUGCCUGGGAGUCGGCUUUGCCGCUCCUAGUGUUCACCGUCCGGUAAAAGAAAUUAGCCACAGAGACCUUCUGUCAGAUUUCCUAGAAAUCGUUGCCCUCCUUCCUCUCGAUGACAUUCUUGCCAUCCUUGAUGAACACGUCGCCAGUGACCCUGCGGUCGCCGCUGUCAUCACCUACCUGCAAAGUGAUGCUUGGAACGGUCUCGUGGAUGAGGUUCUCGCCAAACCCACGGCUGUAGAAUUCAUCGAUUAUCUCAACAAUGCUGGAAUCCCAGUCGAUAUGCUCAUUUCUGCCAUCAAGGGCAUCAUCGAUGGUGCCGUUCCUGGUGUUGAUCCCGAUGAAACCGCAAGUCUCAGACCUUUCCUAGACGAAGUCAUUGCUAUUAUCCCUCUUGACGAUCUUCUUGCUUUGGUCAACGACAAACUCCAAAACAGUCCUGAUUUCCAAGACUUGUACACCACCAUCGCCAGCGAAGAUGGCAAAGCUUUGGUUGACGAAGUCCUCCAGAUGCCUGAAGCUGUCCACAUUCAAGAAUUGCUCACCGCUCAAGAAGUUGACGUAGCCGGAGUUUUGGCCGCAGUUUACGAAUUUUUCGGAUGGGGUGCUCCACCAACAGCCAGAAAAAUCAGCCACAGAGACCUUCUGUCAGAUUUCCUAGAAAUCGUUGCCCUCCUUCCUCUCGAUGACAUUCUUGCCAUCCUUGAUGAACACGUCGCCAGUGACCCUGCGGUCGCCGCUGUCAUCACCUACCUGCAAAGUGAUGCUUGGAACGGUCUCGUGGAUGAGGUUCUCGCCAAACCCACGGCUGUAGAAUUCAUCGAUUAUCUCAACAAUGCUGGAAUCCCAGUCGAUAUGCUCAUUUCUGCCAUCAAGGGCAUCAUCGAUGGUGCCGUUCCUGGUGUUGAUCCCGAUGAAACCGCAAGUCUCAGACCUUUCCUAGACGAAGUCAUUGCUAUUAUCCCUCUUGACGAUCUUCUUGCUUUGGUCAACGACAAACUCCAAAACAGUCCUGAUUUCCAAGACUUGUACACCACCAUCGCCAGCGAAGAUGGCAAAGCUUUGGUUGACGAAGUCCUCCAGAUGCCUGAAGCUGUCCACAUUCAAGAAUUGCUCACCGCUCAAGAAGUUGACGUAGCCGGAGUUUUGGCCGCAGUUUACGAAUUUUUCGGAUGGGGUGCUCCACCAACAGCCAGAAAAAUCAGCCACAGAGACCUUCUGUCAGAUUUCCUAGAAAUCGUUGCCCUCCUUCCUCUCGAUGACAUUCUUGCCAUCCUUGAUGAACACGUCGCCAGUGACCCUGCGGUCGCCGCUGUCAUCACCUACCUGCAAAGUGAUGCUUGGAACGGUCUCGUGGAUGAGGUUCUCGCCAAACCCACGGCUGUAGAAUUCAUCGAUUAUCUCAACAAUGCUGGAAUCCCAGUCGAUAUGCUCAUUUCUGCCAUCAAGGGCAUCAUCGAUGGUGCCGUUCCUGGUGUUGAUCCCGAUGAAACCGCAAGUCUCAGACCUUUCCUAGACGAAGUCAUUGCUAUUAUCCCUCUUGACGAUCUUCUUGCUUUGGUCAACGACAAACUCCAAAACAGUCCUGAUUUCCAAGACUUGUACACCACCAUCGCCAGCGAAGAUGGCAAAGCUUUGGUUGACGAAGUCCUCCAGAUGCCGGAAGCUGUCCACAUUCAAGAAUUGCUCACCGCUCAAGAAGUUGACGUAGCCGGAGUUUUGGCCGCAGUUUACGAAUUUUUCGGAUGGGGUGCUCCACCAACAGCCAGAAAAAUCAGCCACAGAGACCUUCUGUCAGAUUUCCUAGAAAUCGUUGCCCUCCUUCCUCUCGAUGACAUUCUUGCCAUCCUUGAUGAACACGUCGCCAGUGACCCUGCGGUCGCCGCUGUCAUCACCUACCUGCAAAGUGAUGCUUGGAACGGUCUCGUGGAUGAGGUUCUCGCCAAACCCACGGCUGUAGAAUUCAUCGAUUAUCUCAACAAUGCUGGAAUCCCAGUCGAUAUGCUCAUUUCUGCCAUCAAGGGCAUCAUCGAUGGUGCCGUUCCUGGUGUUGAUCCCGAUGAAACCGCAAGUCUCAGACCUUUCCUAGACGAAGUCAUUGCUAUUAUCCCUCUUGACGAUCUUCUUGCUUUGGUCAACGACAAACUCCAAAACAGUCCUGAUUUCCAAGACUUGUACACCACCAUCGCCAGCGAAGAUGGCAAAGCUUUGGUUGACGAAGUCCUCCAGAUGCCUGAAGCUGUCCACAUUCAAGAAUUGCUCACCGCUCAAGAAGUUGACGUAGCCGGAGUUUUGGCCGCAGUUUACGAAUUUUUCGGAUGGGGUGCUCCACCAACAGCCAGAAAAAUCAGCCACAGGGACCUUCUGUCAGAUUUCCUAGAAAUCGUUGCCCUCCUUCCUAUCGAUGACAUUCUUGCCAUCCUUGAUGAACACGUCGCCAGUGACCCUGCGGUCGCCGCUGUCAUCACCUACCUGCAAAGUGAUGCUUGGAACGGUCUCGUGGAUGAGGUUCUCGCCAAACCCACAGCUGUAGAAUUCAUCGAUUAUCUCAACAACGCUGGAAUCCCAGUCGAUAUGCUCAUUUCUGCCAUCAAGGGCAUCAUCGAUGGUGCCGUUCCUGGUGUUGAUCCCGAUGAAACCGCAAGUCUCAGACCUUUCCUAGACGAAGUCAUUGCUAUUAUCCCUCUUGACGAUCUUCUUGCUUUGGUCAACGACAAACUCCAAAACAGUCCUGAUUUUCAAGACUUGUACACUACCAUCGCCAGCGAAGAUGGCAAAGCUUUGGUUGACGAAGUCCUCCAGAUGCCGGAAGCUGUCCACAUUCAAGAAUUGCUCACCGCUCAAGAAGUUGACGUAGCUGGAGUUUUGGCCGCAGUCUACGAAUUCUUCGGUUGGGGCGCACCACCAAAAUAACUUUUUUUUUGAUAAAAAUGUUUAUUUGACACGAAUCCCACUUCUACAAUAAAGUGUCAUGAUAUUUUGAUUUAUUUUGACAUUAUUAUUUUAGAAUUCCUUUAUUUUAAUAAACCAAUGUAAUACAUAGUA